UUAGAUUAAGACCUCAAAACUUUUCUUCAAAAGUUAUUUUUGGUUGAUAAUAGUUUUAUAAGUUAACCGAUAAUCAAUUUCCCGGCUAUCGGAAGAGUCAUUACCGGAAUUCCAAAGGAUCCUCGCCCGCGCGGCCAUGCCGAAUCCAAACGACACUCACUUGCAGACUCCACUUCGCCAUACUCAGCCCUCUUCCUCAUCCUCUACUUCCAGAGUCCUUCUUCUUUUAACCUUCCUCCCUCUCACUCUCGCAUCUCUUGCUUUCGUCCUCCAAUGGCGUGGCGGAAUCACUGACCCUGCCACUCGCUGGUCCCCGCCGGGAUCUUACCAGUUCCCCGGCAUGGAAGCCUCCCCACUCUCCCCGAUUUCGCGCCACUCCACGCCUUCUGCCUCUGAUUGUCUCAAUCUCGGUCGGAGUGUUUCGCCCUCGUUCCCGUACUAUCACGACUCGAAGUUCGAUCGCGGAUCAAAUUUGAAGCCUAAGAUAUGCAUUACAACAAGUACAUCAGCAGGAUUAGAGCAAAUCUUGCCUUGGAUGUUCUAUCACAAGGUCAUUGGGGUUACAACCUUCCUACUUUUUGUGGAGGGAAAAGCUGCAUCUCCUGAUGUGGUUAGAGUUUUGGAGUCAAUUAAUGGAGUGAGGUUGAUAUUCAGAACAAAAGAGUUAGAGGAGCAGCAGGCAAAAAGUCGGAUCUGGAAUGAAACAUGGCUUUCUGGUUUCUUUUACAAACCUUGCAAUUACGAACUAUUUGUGAAGCAAUCUCUCAAUAUGGAGAUGGCCAUCAAUAUGGCAAGGGAUGCUGGGAUGGAUUGGAUAAUUCAUCUUGAUACUGAUGAGUUGAUACAUCCAGCCGGUGCUCAGGAGUACUCCCUGAGGCAAUUGUUGCUUGACGUGCCUGGAAAUGUUGAUAUGGUUAUUUUUCCUAACUAUGAAAGCAGUGUUGAAAGAGAUGAUAUAAAGGAACCUUUUACCGAGGUCUCGAUGUUCAAGAAAAAUUUUGACCACCUGCCCAAGGAUACAUAUUUUGGCAUGUACAAAGAAUCAACUCGUGGUAACCCAAAUUACUUUUUGACUUAUGGAAAUGGGAAAUCGGCUGCUCGAGUUCAAGAUCAUCUUCGUCCGAAUGGUGCACAUAGAUGGCAUAAUUACAUGAAAACCCCCAAUGAGAUUAAAUUGGAGGAAGCUGCCGUAUUACACUAUACAUAUGCAAAAUUUUCUGAUUUGACUUCUAGACGUGACCGCUGUGGCUGUAAACCUACCAAAGAUGAUGUUAAAAGAUGCUUCAUGUUGGAAUUUGAUAGAGUUGCAUUCAUAGUUGCUUCUACUGCAACCCAGGAAGAAAUGAGGAACUGGUAUCGUGAACACGUAGUGUGGGGUGACAAAGACGUAAAAGUCAAGUUGUUGAAGAAGGGUAUUUUAACACGAAUCAAUGCUCCUAUGGUGAUCAUACAGGGGUUGAGGGAGAGUGGCAUCUUCGAUUCUGUUAUUGCAUCUGCUUCUGCAACUCAAUCAAAGGAUAAAUUUUUGUCAUCCAUCACUACCAGUAACUCAAGCAAAGCCGUUGCUUCUCAAUCUCUUCCAUCUAGGAAGCUAGGCGGAAGUAAAAACUACCAAGCAACUGCAAGGAAGGCCCUGAAAAUUGACGCCAAUGAGUGGAAUGAAUAUGCUGUCCCACCGCAAUCUCCUCCAGGAAUAGAGACUUCGAAACAACUCUAAACCUGGUUGGCGGUAUACACGUGAUUCUUGUGGAAAAACAACCGUCAUUACUUGGUCUCUGGUUUGUGGUGUGGAUUGUCUUCUUACUUUCCUUCAUGCAUUACAACACCUUAGCUACCAAGAGAUGUUAGGAGUGAAAAGAACAGCAGAUAAAAACUAUUCUUCAUUGUAUAAUACAUUGUGCCAGUUAUAAAAUCAUGCAAUUGAUUUGGUGUA